AUGUGGACGACCAACAGCGGGCUGACUGGUCGGUCGCUCCGGGUGAGCAUCACCAUCGCCGCUGUCAUGGGCUUUGCGCUCUUCGGCUACAACCAAGGCAUGAUGGCUGGCCUGCUUAACGGUGACGAAUUCGUCAACUCCUUCCCUAUCCUCGAAAUGCCCGAAUCUGCGACUCCCUCGGAAGAACACUACAUCAACGUCAUCCGUGGUGCUGUCACCUCUUGCUACGAGUUGGGCUGUUUCUUCGGCGCUUUGUUCUCCAUGUUCUUCGGCGACAAGCUCGGCCGCACUCGUCUGAUCUUUAUGGGUGCCAGUAUCCUGAUUCUCGGUGCCUUGAUUACAACAGUCUGCUUUACUGGCCACUGGGAAGUCGGUCAGUUCGUGAUCGGCCGUGUUGUAUCUGGUAUUGGAAAUGGUAUGAACACCGCCACAAUCCCCGUGUGGCAAUCGGAAUGCUCUGGCGCCCACAACCGUGGCUUCCUUGUCUGCUUCGAAGGUGCCAUGAUCGCUGGUGGUACUUUCAUUGCUUACUGGGUGGUCUUUGGUAUGUCGCACGCCGCCGAUACCGUCCAAUGGCGAUUCCCCAUUGCGCUACAGAUCUUCUUCGCUCUCAUUUUGGCUUCUGGUGCCUUGCUGCUCCCAGAUUCCCCAUCGUGGUUUGUGAGCAGAGGAUAUGACCAGGAGGCCAUCGACGUUCUUGCUAAGCUCAGUGGCGCCGCUGCUGAUUCCGAGAGGGUCCUCCACGAGUACAACUUCUUGAAGCAGGACGUGGAAAACUCCAAGAGCUCCCAGUCAAGCUGGAAGGCGGUCUUCACAUUCGGCAAGACCCAGGAAUUCCAGCGCUGUCUUAUUGGUUGCUCUGGCCAGUUCUUCCAGCAGUUCACUGGUUGUAACGCUGCUAUCUACUACUCUACUCUACUUUUCCAGGAGAACCUGCACAUGGAGAAAUACCUCUCCCUAAUUAUGGGUGGUGUGUUCGCUAGUGUUUACGCUCUUGCAACUAUUCCCUCUUUCUUCAUGAUUGAGAGAGUCGGCCGUCGCAACCUGUACUUGAUUGGUUUCCUUGGCCAGGGACUCAGUUUUGUCAUCACCUUCGCCUGCUUGAUCAAGGAGAGCGAGGAGAACGCCAAGGGUGCUGCCGUUGGUAUCUUCCUCUUCAUCACCUUCUUCGCGUUCACUCUCCUACCUCUGCCCUGGAUCUACCCUCCCGAGAUCAACCCCCUCCGCACCCGUACCGUCGGCGCUGCAGCAUCGACCUGCACCAACUGGAUCUGCAACUUCGCCGUUGUCAUGUUCACCCCGCUUUUCGCCGGCGAGAGCGCAUGGGGUGUUUAUCUCUUCUUCGCACUAUUCAACUUCAUCGGCCUGGUCUUCGGCUUCUUCUUCUACGUUGAGACAGCCGGCCGUGAGCUUGAGGAGAUCGACAUCAUCUACGCCAAGGCACAUGUCGAAGGAAAGAUGGCGUUCCGCGUCGCCAAAGAUAUGCCCAAGCUCACUUUCGAGGAGAUUGUCCAGCAGUCUCGCGACCUGGGCUUGAAUACCAACGAGCAUGUCGCAGCUGAGAAGAGCGAGCUUGGUCUCAGCAGUGACAGUGCCCAGGAGCUCGAGGAGGUCCACGAGAAAUAG